AUGGGUGAGAUGUUGUUGGGGCAGUUGAAAGAGGAAAUGCCUCUUGUAAUAAUUCGCCCCACAAUUAUAACCAGCACUUACAAAGAGCCUUUCCCUGGUUGGGUUGAAGGGAUCAGGACCAUUGACAGCUUAGCUGUUGGAUAUGGAAAAGGAAUAAUAACAUGUUUUCUUGGCAAUCCCAAGGGCAUAAUCGAUGUGUGGCGAUGGCAGCCCCAUUCGAAUGAUAAUAGCGGCAAUGAUAAUAUAUACCACGUUGGCUCAUCUAUAUCAAACCCUGUGGAGGUCACGUGGCUUCAAGAUUAUGCACUCACAUACUUCACAAGAAAUCCUUGGAUUAACAAAGAUGGAAAGCCCGUGAUUGUUGGCAAAGUCAAUGUCCUAAGCUCCAUGGACAGUUUCCGAAGUUACAUGACCAUUCGAUACAUUCUGCCUCUCAAGGCAUUACAAAUAUUGAACAUAUUAUGCUGUCAAUAUUUCCAAAACACGUACCUCGAGAUGUGCCGAAAAAUCAAGUUUGUGAUGCGGCUAAUCGAUCUUUAUAGGCCUUAUCUGUUCUUCAAGGGAUUAUAUGAUGAUAUUAAUUUAGUAAAACUGAGAAGUGCAGCAAAUGAAUGCGGUAUUGAGACCAUCUUCUAUUUCGAUCCCAAGAUGGUUAAUUGGGAGGACUAUUUCAUGAAUGCUCACAUUCCCGGAGUUGUCAAAUAUGGAUUUAAGCAGCACAAAGCAUGAAUUAGAGUCAAAUUAAUAGGUGUGUUAAAGUUUUCCUUGUUAGAUCUCUUAUAAGUCAUAACACGUUUGAGUUUUUCACAAUUUUCUCAGUAUAUGUUCCAGAACAUUAAUUAUGGUGG